AUGGAUCCAAACUUUCCUGAAGCUAACAAUUUCACAAAGGGCUACUACCACUUUGAUGAAGAAGGAAGCAUAGUGGUCUCUGAGUCUGAUCCAAAUGAAUAUGAUAACUUUCUUGACGCUGAUCCAAACCAAUAUGAUAGUUUCCUUGAUGCUGAUUCACUUGAUUUUUCAUCCAACACCAUUCCUAUACAAGGUUCUUCUAUUGCUUCUGGGACAGAUCCUUCCCUUGAAGACACUGAUUUUUCAGAUACACUCAAGUUCAUAAGCCAAAUCCUUAUGGAAGAGGAUGUUGACAAGAGACCAUUUUAUGACCCGCUUUUGCAAAUUACUGAGAAAUCAUUCAAUGAUGUUCUCUUACACGAGAACAAACCUCUUUCCCCCAAUCAACACCCUUUAGAUAUUCAUAACUCUGAUGGAAGCACCAGCACCAGCACCAGUAAUAGUAAUAGUAAUAGUAAUAGCAGUAUUGAUGAUUCUCGAGAGUCAAAACCCCUUUCUCCCGAAACUCCUGUUUCGGAUCUUAGGAAUAAUGUUUUUCAGUUUAAUUCCUCGGCUAUUUCUCACACUUCCUCUCAACCUCAGACUACUAGUGUUAGUGAUGGACUCAGAGAUUUGGAUUCUUCUAUUACCAAUCUGUUGGCGCAGAACAUUUUCAGUGAUGCAGAUUCAGUUUCCCUAUUCAGGAAAGGUUUAGAAGAAGCCAACAAGUUUCUUCCUCCGCAGCCUAAGCUCGUGACUGGUCUAGAAUCCUCCAAUUUCAAUAUGGUUGGAGAGAAAGAGAAUUCGCUUGUGUUAAAGGGUAGAAAGAAUCACGAGCGCGAAGAAAGUGAUGGUAAAGAAGAAGAAGAAGAAGAAGAUAGGAGAAGGAACAAGCAAUCAGCAAUUAGUGUUGUUGACGAAGAUGAAUUAUCAGAGAUAUUUGAUAAAGUUUUGCUUAGUGUGGAGCAUUUGCCACUUUGCAAUGAAAAUGAUAGCUUACCGAAUGGACAAGUGAAAAAGGAGCAGUCAUCUCCAUCGAAUGGAGGAAAGGCUCGGACUAAGAAACAAAGCAAGAAGAAUGAGACCAUAGAUUUAAGGAAUCUUCUGCUUCUGUGUUCACAAUCUGUGUAUGCUUAUGACAACAGAAAUGCUUAUGAACUUCUGAAGCAGAUUAGGCAACAUUCUUCACCCUUUGGGGAUGCAUCACAGAGGCUGGCUCAUUACUUUGCCAAUGGCCUUGAGGCACGCCUUGUCGGUAAUGGUAAUAAGGCACAAACAUUCUUUUUCUCGGAGAGCUCCAAGAGGAUUAGCACUGCUGAGUUUCUGAAAGCAUAUCAAGUUCAUCUAUCUACUAGCCCAUUCAAAAAGUUUGCAUACUUCUUUGCAAUUAAAGCGAUUAUCAAAGCUGCUGCAAAUGCUGAAACCCUUCAUAUAAUUGAUUUUGGUAUCCUUUAUGGUUUUCAGUGGCCAAUACUUAUUAAGUUUUUAUCAGAUACAGAAGGUGGACCUCCAAAACUGAAGAUCACCGGGAUAGAGUUCCCUUUACCCGGCUUUCGUCCAAUGGAAAGAAUUGAGGAAACUGGUCGUCGUCUUGCCAACUAUUGCAAACGUUUCAAUGUUCCCUUUGAGUUUAACGCCAUAGCAUCGCGGAAUUGGGAAACAAUUCAAGUCGAAGAUCUUAAAAUCAAGAGCAAUGAGGUAGUUGUUGUGAACUCUUUGAUGAGGUUUAAGAAUUUACUGGACGAGACUAUUGAAGCGAACAGUCCUAGAAAUGCGGUUCUUCAUUUGAUCAGGAAGAUAAAUCCAGUAAUUUUUGUUCAGUCCAUUGUCAAUGGAUCAUACAAUUCGCCUUUCUUUGCUACACGUUUUAGGGAAGCACUUUUUCAUUUUUCUGCUAUUUUUGAUAAUUACGACACUGUAAUACCGCGGGAAAACAGAUACAGGAUGAUGAUGGAGAAGGAAACUGUGGCAAGGGAGGUUAUGAAUGUCGUAGCAUGUGAAGGCUUAGAGAGAGUUGAGAGGCCUGAGACAUACAAACAAUGGCAGGCUAGGAAUACAAGGGCUGGUUUCAAGCAGCUUCCAUUGGAUCCAAAAUUAAUGGACAAAUUUAGAACAAAGUUGAGGAAAUGGUAUCAUAAAGAUUUUGUUUUUGAUGAAGACAACAAUUGGAUGCUUCAAGGUUGGAAAGGUCGCAUUUUGUACGCUUCAACUUGUUGGGUGCCUGCAUAA